CAUAACCUCUCUGAUCUGUGUUCAAGUUGUCAAACAAUUGUCAAAACAUGAGGUUAUGCUUUUUUAUGGAUUUUAUUUUUUUUAAAUAAAAAUCACAACUUUGAAUAUGUAAGGUUCAAAUUGGCAGUGGAUACUCCCUAAAGUUCAGCAGCGCUAUGGCCAAAGAAACCACUAUAAUUUUCCUCUAUGACACAGAGCUGCUCAAAAGGGAGGAAGAUGACCCCAAUUCGGCCAUUCUCUAUUUCCACCCCGGCUGGGUGUCGGAUCACCAAAAAACCGCCCUUUGUGGCCAACUAAUGGGCACGGUCUUAUGUCUGAGAAGUAUCUUAGCUAUGCCCAAAAUACUGGCUCUUCAGACUGGAAAGUUUUGCUUAAUAGAGAAUGGGCGGUUUAUUUUGGUGGUUGGCACAGACAAGAACAUUCCCGACUGGGUGUUGCAGCGCAGAGCUAAUGUGGUUUACUCCAUGGUGAAUUUCUUUCACAAAGACUUUAUGGCAUUGGCCCAGCGCUAUGAGGCGGAAAAACUCAAAGCAAAGUUGUAUCAUAUUUUCGAUACUUACCUGAAGCUCCUGUACUUAGGGGGCAAUAUUUUCCACAAUAUCCCCUCGCUGGAUUUGCCACAGACUGAAGCUGACUUACUGGCAAAUGUAAGGAGGUUUUUGAGCAAACUAAGAACAAUCCAGCAUACCCUAGGAGGAACGCUUCUUUAUCAUAACAAGAUAGUUCUUACACAGCUCUCUAAUCAGGUAACUAAGCAAAUAACGUUUUCCGAUCCCUUUCACAUAAAGAAUCCUGCGGAAAUUUCACACGCAUUCCAUGAGCUUCCACCAGGAGUAAAGCUGCUUGAAGUCUACAUAUCAACUGAGGACUUUAACGGUCUUUCAGGGACUCAAACUGCUUCGGAACAGGCUUGUAAAGAAAGUCACUGUAAUGAAAACAAGACUAUCAAAGAAUUUGAUGCAACUUCUGCACCGAAACGAGACACGUCUUUACUUUUUACAUCAGUUCCAGAAGAUGCGCCUUUUUCCCCUAAUAAGCAAGUCCAUCUUAGAAGCCAAAAGAAGCGCUCUAGGCCGAAUUCGCUAAAUCUGAAGAGUUACUGUCUGGAUGCUUCAAACGAAUCUCAAUUAAGUUCGUCGACCACUCCAUAUUGGAGUCAUUCAUCUGCCGUCAGCACGCCUAUGAGUGAAAGUAAAACUUUUGCCGUCGCAUCAGGUAGCGGCCAAUUAAAAGCAAAAAUGCCCAAAUUUCUACAAGUGGUUUCAGAUUUGAACAAAAACAGGCAGCAGCUGUGGAAAAUGUGCAUGGACUUUCAUAGCACCUACAUUGAUGAAAAUGUGAAUUCCACUCGAGUAAAAAAGUAUUACGAAGACAAGCAAUUCGAGAAUGCAAAGGCGCUCUUAAAAUGCAUCCAACGAGCUGUGGAAGGCUCGUCCUUGUUCCAUGCGGCCAGUUUAAGCCGAUUGCCGGAACUAAACAGUAUUUACUCAGAUCAGUAUAUUUCACACACAAGUAUUAAGAGGUCCAAAAGCAUACACGAUCCAUUGUUUCCUUGGUUCAAACGGGACCAGCUGGCCGCCAGUCAGUAUUAUAUUGAAGAUAUUCUCGAUAAGAAUUUGGGCAUUUUCCGAACGAACGGCACCUCUGUGCAACGACUGUUUUCGGAGAGAAAAAAAUCGCUCAGUUUGCCAAUUAAGCCAUUCAAUGCCAGCGAACCGCAGAAAAGCAGUCUGAAUUCGCCUGGUGGAUAUUGUACGCCAUUAAUGAAUAGGCUCUCAAUGCCCAAUCCAUUUGAAAGGCAACUGUCUUCGGAUAUUUCGAUCGCCCCCUUUUUCAACAGUGACAAACGGGACGAUGCAAAUGUGCAGCUAAAAAAAUGCAUUUUGUUCAUGCACGAAGAGCGAGAUGUUGUAAUGGCAAUGCUCCUAACUCAGGAAUGUCUGAAAGACAAAGGCAUUCUUGAAAAAUUACAUUGCAUUUGUGGGGAGAAUUUGCCUGCAUUGGGAGAACAGUUGUGCGCGGCUCUCCAACCCCCCAAAACGGGACUGUCUGCUAAUCCAUGCAGUAUUUUGAGUCUGGAUGCUGAGUGGGAUACGCGAAAGCAAUGCGGCUUGUGGGAAGGGCUGGACUUGGGCGAUUUAACCAAGCUGCAUGGCGAUUUUCAGGAAAACGCCGACCUGACUGAUAUAUAUCUGAGGAGACCAGAAUCAGUAUUGUUGGGCCAACGCAAUGGAACUUCUGAAGUAUUUUAUCGGGAAUCAGCGUCGGCAACCAAGGGCCUUUUACAGCCCAAUGAUGCCUUACGCACUCUUCACGAAUCCGCCAAAACACAGUUGGCAAAAAAUCACGACAUAUUCAUUAGAUAGAUGACUAUACAGGGUAUUAUUCAUGUAGCGUUUUAGUGAUCAGGUACAAUGGUUUAUUUAAAAAGGCCAAAGUCAGUGCCAAAUAUAAGUGUUGGCUGCUUCCAUUUUCCGUAGAAAAUUCCCUCUCAGUAUCUGUACUUAAAAGCGUAUAAAAGUCGUUAGAUCGGUGAAAGUUGUCUAGCAUAGAUUCAGUUGAAACCAAUGUAUUGCAGUGUAUGUUAACAGGGUAAAGGACUGGUUUGCUACUUAAAUUGAGUUGUUAAUGAGAUUGAAUAAUUUAUUGCAAAAAGUGAAGAUUUGUUACUUUUUUAUGUUUUUUUUAGUUUAGUUUUGAUUAGUGUUCCUUAAUACUCAGUUAAAUAAAUGAGUUUUUGCAGUUAA